GUUCUAAAAUGUGCAGCACAAAAUAGUCACGCAUGCUGCGAGCGUAGUAGGGGUCUCAAAAGCAGAGUUAAAAUAUUGAUUUAAAAAUAUUAUUCACAUCGAAAACUGCUUAAGAACUGCCUUAGAAAAAGUGCACUAUGUCAGCUUCAAUGAUAAGGAAGGGACUGGAACUGCUGAGCAGCGACCUUAAAGAUGCUGGCAAGAGUCAAAAGAAGAGCUCCCAGAAAGUGUCUGUGAUGGAUCAGAUCAGCUCUAAUAAGAAGGGCGUUCGGAAGCAGAUCCGUCAGCUUCAGGCCCACAGCAGAUCCGCAAAGAGCAAAACCACAGUCAAAGACAAGCGUGUCAAAAAUGCUUUAGAGGAAUACAGAAAAAAGCAGAAGAAAAGCCAGCUCAAGUCAAAUCUGAAGUACUUCCUGGCAACCAGCUAUAAAACAAACGAAUACCACACAAAGACGAUCCUGAAGCAGAACACUGGCCGUCUGUCCCGGCACCGGCCAGACAAGCCAGUCAGGAAACCGCAGGAGAAAUCCAUCUUCACAGAGGAGGAGUUCCAGAGGUUCCAGGAGGAAUACUUUUCUAAUCUCUGAUGCCAUUGUGGACUGUUCUGGACACAGUAGAAGAGGUUUGAUACAGGUUAACCUGCACAUCCUGGAAAAUGGAAAAUUCAGGACGACUGAACUUCAGAUAUUAUUUGUGUUUUUCAUUUUGUGGUGUUUGUUGUAAAUAAAGUCAUUUGAUGCUUUUGCCAAGAGGUCUGCAGAACUUUUAUAGGCUUGUUUACCUUGUCAUAUUAUACAUUCACAAUGUCUUGGAGUAAGAUGGAGGAGCUUGCUUUUUUCAUGCCAAAGGAACCUUUUGGAUUGACUGCCACCACUUUUUCCAUGGAUCCUAUAUCAUAAAUUCUAGCUAGCACCACAGAUGUAUUUGUUUCCCUCUGCGAUCCCCAGUGAUGUGUAAUGCAUGCUGGGUACUGUAGUGAGAGAAUAUUGCAGAAAGAAAAGGAUACAGAGUUUUAAACCAUCAAACCAGUGAGGCAGAGUUAUGUAAUACUCCACUACAGAACAUGGCAAAUAACAAAUGCUUAGAGGCAGAACGCUCCUUUAAGUGCUUAAUACAAAAAAGCCAGUUGUCCACUGGGGGCUUGAGGCAAUAUUUACCUGUCACACUGACAUUUUGCCUUUCAACAGUAAACUUGACUGACCGGUCCAGUCAGGGUGUUGAAGGAAUGCAUGUUUCACAUUAUGCUGUUCAGAUGAGUAAAAGUUAAGAGUGGUGUGGUUUGUAUGCUGCUGAUCAGGUUUUGUGCUGAAAGUUUAGCGCUGGUUGGUAGUGAACUCUGGAAGUGAGCAAUGCCUUCAGAAUCCUUUAUUGAUCACAGAGGGAAAUUGCAGUAAAGUGAUCCCAUUAGCCCAGAAGGAACAGCCACAGGUUUCUGAAAUAAAACGGCACAGAAGGAAAACGGACAGGCAGGCAGGAGGAAUGUCACUCGUAAGUCAUUUGUUUUUCCUCAUUACUGUAUUCAGAGUCUCUGCGUUAAGUAGGUGGUUCAAAACUGCGCAUUUAAGUGCUGUUUGUAAAAUGUGAAGGACAUGUUUGGGCUGUUUUUAAUUGUUUAUUUCAGCUUUAUUUGCAUGACUGUAUCAUCAUUGAAAAAAUAACUGUCAUUUAAAUGGUACAUUGCAUAAAAAACUUCUGAAAGUU